AUGACCAAAGAAUCCAUCGCCACUCAUGGUACACAUCGUAUCCUCUUUCCCAAGUUAUAUAAUAACAUAUCAGAGAUACCGACCGAUAGAUCCAAUAACACAUGCUAUCCGUUGUCUUCGAUUACAAAAAAUGCAUUGACUGAAUCAAACAUUCAGAGGGUGAUGGGAUCGAUUGCUACCCAUUACCUUGAAAAUCCAGAUGAGUCUAAAAAAUGGAAGGUUCAAACAAAUGUUGAAACAUUGGCAUUGUCCGCACCAUCGCAGCCUUUAGGUUCGUCCUUUUCAUCGCUAGGUUCUUGCUGCACCUCUGCUUCGCCCGUUGAAAAUAUAGUAUCAAUAGAUCCACAAUCUUAUGUUGACCAGAUUUUAGCCUCUAGCAAAGAAGCCGAAAAUUCGCCUCUCCCUUUGCUGUAUUUUUCUUCCUUACCUGAAUCAAUUACAAAUCCAAAAAAAGCUACCACUAGUGGCCAUGUUUUUGCCAAUACUGAUUUUAACGCCAAUUUCGAUACUUUGCUUUGCUCUGAAGCUGAAGGCAAAACGAACAUCUUUUAUUUAUUGAAUGAAAGCAAAAGAAAGCUCGGCAUUGAUUUGGAUUUUCACAAUAAUUUCCCAUCUGAGCGAGAUGUUGAAAUUUUCCACACCUCCAUUGCCAAUGUUAAGCGGCAAAAGGUUGACUCGGAACCGUUGGGCAAUUUAUUUCUCAACAGCGAUGAAAUUCAGCAAAAAAUCAGAAACUUUUAUGCGCCACCAAGCACCAUUGACGAUAGCAGAGCGAACCAACUUUGCCGACAAAAACUGCCGCAUUUUUUAGAGCCAAAAAGAGAUGUUUUUAAGCCUAUGUUAUGUUCCAUUAUUCUUGGCGACAUUUUCAUGGAUGUCUGGUAUAACUCUCCCUUUCCAGCCGAAUAUGUCAAUGCACCAAAAUCGGCAUUAUGGAUCUGUCCUUGGUGUCUUAAAUAUUGUAGUCUUACCAUUAAUGCGCAAAGACAUAAGCAAAAAUGCCAUCUGAACCGCCCUCCUGGUAAGGAGAUCCACCGUCAAGCAAUUGAUGAUGGCAGCAGGCUUCUCAUGCUUUUUGAGCUAGAUGGCUCCAGGCAUAAGCUUUAUUGCCAAAACCUUUGUCUUCUUGCAAAAUGCUUUUUAGACCAUAAAAUCUUAUACUACGAUGUUAAUUCAUUCUUGUUUUAUGUUUUGGCAGAAUAUCAAACGGCCGAUGAUCGCCAGCAUGGAGCGAUGCGAAUUGUAGGCUAUUUUUCAAAGGAACGAAAUGCAGAUGUCCACAAUAAUGUCUCCUGCAUAGUGAUUUUCCCAGCAUAUCAGGGAUUGCGCUACGGACAAUAUCUUAUUGAUUUUAGUAGGAAAAUAUAUCUCUAA